AGUCCGGCGUCCCGGCCCUUCCCGGCCUCUUCUCCCGGACAAAACGAGUCCCCCCCCGCCCUGAGGGAGGCGGACGGGUUAGGUGGUUCAACAUGUUCCCCUUGGCAGAAAAGGACAAGCCUGUUGCCCGGAUGCUGCUCAGGACUGGCACUUGUCCUCGAUGUAUCUUCAGAUUCUGUUGUGUGGAUUUUCAGGCUCCUUACAGGCUGCCAUAUAAGGAAUUACUCACUGAACUACAGAACUUCUUAAAAACGGAAAAAGAUGAUCAGUUCAUUUUGGAAGCUACCAACCCACCACUUAAAAAAAUCCGACUGCAAGACCCUAAGGAAGAGACCGUUGAUCUUGGUCAAAAUGGGGUAGAGGUGACUUCUGUCUUAAGAGACGGGCUGGCAAUGGAGACUGCAAAUUCUCAAGCUUGCAAUGUGUGCUUGGGAGUACUUCAAGAAUUCUGUGAGAAGGAUUUCAUUAAAAAGGUUUGCCAGAAGGUUGAUUCUUCAGGGUACCAGUUUGCCAACUUGGUAUUUUCCGUCUCCUUCCCGCCGCAGCUCUCCGUAAGAGAGCAUGCUGCAUGGUUGCUGGUAAAACAGGAAAUGGGGAAACAAGGACUGUUACUGGAAAGAGAUGGUGUAAUUCAGCUUAAAGAAGCCUACAAAUGGAUUACUCAUCCCCUGUUUUCAGAGGAGCUGGGUGUACCUGUUGAUGGAAAAAGCCCGUUUGAAGUGUGUGUGAUUUUUGCUCACCCUGAAACAGAUGAGGAUUGCCACUUCCUGGUUACCGUAUGCCCAGACUGUUUCAAGCCAACCAAAAAUAAACAGUCUGUGUUCACUAGAAUGGCAGUCGUGAAGGCCCUAGAGAAGAUCAAAGAAAAGGAUUUCCGCAAGUGGUUUCCUUGUCCACCCAGCCUUCCAAAGGCUGUCUGUACUGCUCUUGAAAUUCAGUGUGCUCACAGUGCAGUCUUCGUGGCCGGGCGGUAUAAUAAAUACUCGAGGAAUUUACCACAGACUCCCUGGAUAAUUGAUGGAGAAAGGAAGCUGGAGUCCUCGGUGGAAGAAUUGAUUUCAGAUCAUCUGGUGACAAUGUUUAAAGCCGAGAGUUUCAAUUUUUCAUCUUCUGGGAGAGAAGAUGUUGACGUGCGAACAUUAGGAAAUGGAAGGCCCUUUGCCAUCGAGUUGUUGAAUCCUCACAGAGUACAUUUCACCUCGCAGGAAAUGAGGGAACUGCAACAGACGAUCAACAGCGCGUCAGAUAAAAUAAAGGUGCGAGAUCUGCAGCUUGUCACCAGAGAGGCCAUCGCACACAUGAAGGAAGGCGAAGAGGAGAAGACCAAGACUUACAGUGCCUUAGUGUGGACGGACAGAGUAAUACAGAAGAAAGAUAUCGAGUUCCUAGAUGAUACCAAGGACUUGAAGAUUGACCAGAAGACUCCACUGCGAGUUCUUCACCGAAGGCCCUUGGCUGUAAGAACUCGGCUCAUUCACACCAUGGAAACCCAAUAUAUAGACGAGCAUCACUUUCGCCUUCGCUUGAAGACCCAGGCUGGAACCUACAUCAAGGAGUUUGUCCACGGAGACUUCGGCAGAACCACGCCAAACAUCGGGUUCCUGAUGAACGGGACAGCCGACAUCUUGGAGCUGGACGUGGAGUCCGUUGAUGUGGACUGGCCUCCUCCUCUAGAUGAUUAGAAGAUUUCAAGUCGGGAUGAAGACGAGCAGCUGAUAUCUGAAAGGCUGCGGAUAGCCCAUCCACGCACCCGCCCACCCUGACGCCUCUUUGUGACUCUUUGGAUCACAUUGAUCUAUCCGGGUCUCGUCAGGUUGCUUUCGAAAGCCCCAGUUUCCUUAAGAGUCCAUCGACAUUCCACGUCUAAAUUGGGAUGAGCUCAUUGGUCGUGACUGUGCUUGUUUUUCUGCCCCGGCUAUAAAGCGGUAGCUUUAGAGCAGAGGAUGUAUUCAUUUAGUGUUUUUUUUGUUGUUGUUGUUGGGGUUUUUUUUUCCUAAUUCUUUCAUUUAGAGAGGUGAGCAUACCACAGGAUAUAUGCAUUGACAUAUUUGGCAAGGCAGAUUGGCUCUGCUUUCUCCGGGCAGCUCUGCUCAAAGCGAAGUUCCCCUCCCGCAAGCUAGCCCCACUGCUUUUUGUCUAAUAGUGUUCACAAGCCAGAGGCUGUCUGCACAAAACCAGAGCCCUAUCAGAUCAACAUUCUAAGAAGUCAACUGCUAAUCUGAGAUCUUUUUUUUUAAUACA